CGAAGAUCAGCCUGCGCAGCAGCAGCCCUCCGACGGUCAACUUCAGGUCGAGUCGCAGGGAGUAACUGAGCUUGAAAGUGAGAGCUCUCAGCAGCAGCAGCAGCAGCAACAACAGCAACAACAGCAGCAGCAACAACAGCAGCAACAGCCCAAAGCAAAGUUCUCCUUCUUUGGCUCCCGCUCCACAACGCCUAAACCCAUAUCCCCCCCAUCCGGCACCUCGUCGCCCUCCCCCUCGUCGGCAUCCACUCUCCCCGACUCUGAAUCCACCUCCGGCCAAGCCACCCCCCGUCCUGAUCUGAGCGACAAACGCUUCCCCCAGCUCCAGCACGCCUUCUCCACCGCCGCGACCUCCACCGCCGCCACCCGCGAAGACUCCACCCCGAGCUCGAUGACGACCUCGGCAACGACGUCCACCACGGCCAGCCAACUCUCGUCCGCGUCCGAGCCGUCGUCUUCAUCCUCCUCGUUCUCGGCCUCGACCACCGCGCUCACUAACGACGCCGCCGCCGCGGUAGCCGCGCCAAAGGGCAGACUGACUGUCAAAAUCAUCGAGGCGCGCAACCUGCGCAUAUCCUCGCGCGACGCAUGCCCGUACGUCGUCUGCACGUUCGAGUCGAACGAGUUUAUUUCUCAAGGCCCAAACACCUCCGACGACGUCGACGUCGCGCCCGGCGGCCUCGGUCCCUCGCGCAUCUCGUCGUUUUUCAAACGCACAGACCCGAGCUCCGUGAUUGGCAACGGCGCAACCACGCCGAGCAUCGCAAUCCCGACCAGCAGCAAGUCGCGGCAGUCGUCGACGACGAACCUCGCAGAUCUCAAGAAGAAGAGCAAGAGCACGCUCUCGCUUGCCGCGGCGGCUGCUUCUGCCGCUGCUCCUGCUGCUAAUGGCGGCGCAGAUGCAGAUGCUCGAGCAGGCGCGAACCCGAGCUGGGAGCACGAGGCGGUGUUUGAUGUGCUCGGCGACCACUCCGAGCUCGACGUGAGUAUCUACGACGCGCACGGCGACGACGCGUUUCUAGGCCACGUGAGGAUCCGGCCGAUUCUGCGCAACGAGCAGAUCUUUGACGAGUGGUACACGCUCGAGCCGCGGGUGGUGCCAGGGGAUGUUGUCGGCGGCGAGGUCAGGCUGCAGAUGCUGUAUGAAGCAAUCAGCAAGCGGCACUACGGGCCCGACGACUUUGAGAUUCUGCGGUUGAUUGGGAAGGGCACGUUCGGGCAGGUGUACCAGGUGCGGAAGAAGGACACGGACCGGAUAUAUGCGAUGAAGGUGUUGUCGAAGAAAGUGAUUGUGCAGAAGAAGGAGGUUGCGCACACGAUUGGCGAGCGCAAUAUUCUCGUGCGCACGGCGACGGCGGACUCGCCGUUUAUCGUCGGACUCAAGUUUUCGUUCCAGACCCCGACGGACUUGUACCUGGUGACGGACUACAUGUCUGGCGGCGAGCUGUUUUGGCAUCUGCAGAAGGAAGGCCGGUUUGUAGAGGACCGGGCGAAGUUUUAUAUCGCGGAGCUGAUUGUCGCGUUGGAGCACCUGCAUAACCAUGAUAUCGUGUACCGGGAUCUCAAGCCGGAGAAUAUACUGCUGGACGCGAACGGACAUAUCGCGCUGUGUGAUUUCGGGCUGAGUAAGGCGAACCUCGCGUCGAACGACACGACGAAUACGUUCUGCGGCACGACGGAGUAUCUUGCGCCGGAAGUGUUGCUGGACGAUCAGGGAUACACAAAGAUGGUUGAUUUCUGGUCGCUCGGGGUGUUGAUCUUUGAGAUGUGCUGCGGGUGGUCGCCGUUCUACGCCGAAGACACGCAGCAGAUGUACAAGAACAUUGCGUUCGGCAAGGUGCGGUUCCCGAAAGACGCGUUGUCAGCGGAAGGCAAAGCGUUCGUGAAAGGUUUGUUGAACCGCAACCCGAAACACAGACUCGGCGCGCUCGACGACGCGCGCGAGUUGAAACGACACCCGUUCUUCGCCGACGUCGACUGGGACUUGCUCGUGCAGAAGAAACUGCCGCCGCCGUUCAAGCCCCAUCUGAGCUCGGAGACGGACACGUCGAACUUUGAUCCGGAGUUUACGAACGCGAGCACGAGUGUGUUGCAGGGGUCGCGGUUUAUGCAGGCGGGGACGACGCCGUUGUCGCCUACUUUGCAGGCUAAUUUCCAGGGGUUUACCUUUGUGGAUGAGUCGUCUAUGGACGAGCACUUUAAAGGAUUAAGGCCAACCGCGGAAGAAGAAGAAGACGAGUUCCUAAAUAGCCGGCGCCGCCACCCGCUCGCGCGGCAAGACACAGAAGUCACGCUAAUCUCGUCGCGACAAGACUCGAUGAUUUCGCACAGCACAGCGGGUAGACGGAUGGAGAUCGACGACCUUGACGAGCCAGCGAGUGGGAGUAAUCUCGCGGCGGCGGAACGGAUCCGGGAGAAUUACGAGCACAGCCGGAAGAUCGACGAGGGCGCGGAUAUGUCGCGCGAGGAGGAGAUGGCGGACGCAGAGGACGACGACGGGGCUGCGUAUGUAAACGGGCAGCGCAUCGAUAUAUGAUUGUCUGAUACAGUACAGUACAGUAAUAGUAAUAGUAAUACAGCAACAGAACUAUUAUGUAAGCAAUUA